UGUUGCGGGGGGGGCAACAGCUCAACGACAAUGUCUUUGUGAGAGUGGGCGGGGCUACCUGGCCCUGAGCUGUAAGGAGGAGGAGGAGUCUCAGCCCUUGGCCCCAAUCCCCUCCUCCUCCUGCAACUGACCAAACGGCUGGACGCACAGACGGGCGUGGCUCGCCCCUCCCUCCUCCUCCCCUCUCCUCCCUAUUCUCUCCCCCUCCACCUCCCACCUACUGCCCACCUCCCCACCCCAUCUCCCCGCUCUGCCCCCCCAUCCCUGGCCACCAUGCUGUGGUCACGCUGCUGGUGGAAAGCCUGAGGAAGACUCUGGAAGGCGACCCUGCUCAGCCGGGGGACUUCUACCUGGUGAGUCUCUGACGCCCCUCACCUGUUCUCAGCCUGUCACAUGCCCCGAUCACACCUGCUGACGACCUCCGUCCUGAGAGAGCCAAUCACAGUCCCUGCUGGACCCCAACACCCUCGCUGAGUGCUGCCCCCCUCAUGGCUUGAUGCCUGAGAGCAGCUACUGGCAGCUCUGCCCUCCCUCUAAGUCUGGCCUGCAGGGGGGGUUGCUGAGCUCUAGUUUCCCGCCUGGCCCUGUGCCGUUGGUGCCACCCGAUGCUCACCUGCAGGAGGGGGGCGACCCCCUGGACAGGACAGCCUCUCAGCCGCCGCAGCACCGGCCUCUGGCACCCAGCACCUCAGCGUCAGAGCUGUCCCUCCCCGGAGCGGCUACGGCAGCACCACCUCCUGCACCCGGCCUCCCUCCCCCUCCUCCCCCGCCUCCCAAACGCCACUGCCGUUCACUGUCGGUGCCCGAGGACCUGUCACGCUGCCGUUACACCUGGCGCCCCAGCGCGUCACGGGUCUGGACUCCCGUCAGCCGCCAGCAAUGCCACGGUGGAGCCGGGGGAGGGGUUACAGGUGGGGGGGCAGGGGUGGGAGGAGGGGUUAUAGGGGCAGGUGCCGCUGGGGGCGGAGCAUGUCCACUCCGCGCUCCCAGCUCCUCUCUGAACUCGUCACUGCACUCCUCGUCCAGCCCCACCUUCUUCAGCCUGGCGCUGUCUCCGGACUCGCCGCUGCCCUGGAGCUUCCCCUGGGACGCUAGUGAGGCAGCGGCAGGGGGCGGAGCCUGCUGCUGCUUCUUUCCUUCCCCCUCCUCCUGCUCCUCCUCACCCUCUCCCCUCCACCCGCCUCCCCCUCCUCAGAGGCGUUUCUCUCUCUCCCCCGUGCUCAUCAGAGACUCCGCAGCCUCCACCUUCCUGCCUCCACCUCCCGUGCCGAGCCAGGUGGCACCACCUCCGCCAGGUGGCCCCACACCUGUCGGGGCGGCUGUGGGGGGCCCGGUGCCUGCAUCGCCAUCCUCAGCCUGCAGCACACCGUCGUCUCUGAGACGUAGCCUGCCGCCACAGCUGCCGCGCUGCCACUCGCAGCCAUGUGACCUGCUGCUGCUCAAACCAGGUUUGAAGAGACGGCGAGACCCUGACAGACCGUGUGCCCGACCCGUCCUCGACUUCACUAAGAUGACUCAGACCCGCAGCAUCGACCCGCAGUGUCUGGAGCGUGGCGGCGGCAGGCUGGCCUGCGGAGGUGACGUCUGCAUGGGCAUGGAGUCCUUCAUGGGCGACUUCCGGAGGUCCUGCUCUCCAGCCGAGUGCCUGGGCAGGACCAGCAUCGGGCCGCUGAGCGAGAGCGAUGAGGAGUGCCGCGAGGACGAGGACGAUGACGACGAGGGGGAGGAGGAAGCGGACGAGCGUGAGGCGGCGCAGCAGGCAGUGUUUGAGAGGGAUUGUACAGAACUCGACUUGAACUUAAUAGAAGAAAACUGACGUCUUUGUAAAUGGAAGGCUGUUUUCUGUUUCACUUCUUUAGUUUUAUUUUGAAAGGAUCGAACCCCUCGCCCCUUCCUGGACUACCCUCAUCUCAACACUCUACGCCUCCUUGCCACCAAUCAGCAAGGCUCUCAGGAACAACACCUCUCAUUGGAUGAGCUGGGGUUAAGGAAGCAGACAACAGUGAUGAUGUGACGCCGCCGCUUUUGAACCCUCUGCUGUUUGAUUUGAAAACCAGGAAGUUAGAAGUGAAACUCUGGUCGCCUGCGAUGAACCUCGACAUUCUGAGUCCCAGUCUGCAAAUUGUCCUCCGAAAGUUUCAAUUACUGCUUCUACUGACGCCGCUCUCACGCCAUCGCUCAGGUCCAUAUCUGCAGCUGGGCUCAGACUGUCAGGUGUCCAUCAGCGGCUCUGCCUCCUGGCGUCCAGGUGUCUUCCAGCACAUAGCAACUGAGAAACACGUUCGUCUGAUGAGGCUCCACACUGCACCGCCAACCCGACACGCCAUUAUCACGUCAACGCAACACAUUCUGAGACAUGGUCAGUUCAAAUCACAAACAAUUUAAGAUAACAUUUAAAUUAAAAAAAGUUAACUCAACACGAAAAAACUAAAUUAGUCCACGUUUUAUUUUUAAUUGAGUCUCGUUCAGUUUCAGUUUAGUCGUUAAAUUUGGUUCAUGACCUUUUUUUCACACAACAAAGACAAAAAAAAGAUAAAAC